GAGCGAGACAGAGAGAUUUUUUUCUUUGCCUGAAGCAGUCACACAGACAGAGCCCAGGUGAAAUACACUUUGACUCCAUUCUCUAUACUUUGUGUGGUGUGUUAGGACAACGUAUUAGUAGAGUGUUUAGAAAAUGACCAAAAGGUCUACAUCUCCUAAACAAGAUGGAGUUGCAAGUGUACAGAGAGCUUCCCAAAAGGUUCCCCUGAUAGAACCUGGCGGGACAAAACCGUUUGAGGACAGAAAGGUGGAAUUGGGGAAGAAGGUCACUCUGCUCCGAGGCAUCUCCAUCAUCAUCGGAACUAUCAUCGGAGCUGGAAUCUUCAUCUCUCCAAAGGGCAUCCUGAAGCACUCAGGCAGCAUAGGAAUGUCCCUCGUCGUGUGGAUUGCUUGCGGUGUGCUGUCCCUCUUCGGAGCCCUUUCCUAUGCUGAGCUGGGGACUUGCAUUAAGAAGUCUGGUGGACACUACACAUACAUACUGGAAGCCUUUGGCCCUCAGAUGGCAUUCAUAAGGCUAUGGGCUGAUCUCAUUGCAAUAAGACCUGCAGCGAUGGCAGUCAUCUCUUUGGCCUUUGGUCAGUAUAUCCUGGAGCCUCUGCUCAUGCCCUGUGAUAUCCCCCCUAUGGCUGUCAAACUGGCAGCGGCCAUCGGCAUAACUUCUGUUAUGUACCUGAACAGUAUGAGUGUGACAUGGACAGCGAGGAUACAAAUCAUCCUCACCUUCAGUAAGCUGCUGGCCAUCAGCAUCAUCAUAGUGCCUGGAAUGUACCAGCUCUUUAAGGGAGAGACCAGGAACUUUGAGAAUGCCUUCGACCUUAGCAACAUGAAGCUGUCUGCUAUGCCGCUAGCCUUCUACUCUGGGAUGUACGCAUACGCUGGGUGGUUCUAUUUGAACUUUGUGACAGAGGAGGUAGAUAACCCUGAGCGGACUAUGCCACUUGCCAUCUGUAUCUCCAUGGCGAUUGUGACCUCCUGCUAUGUGCUGACUAAUGUGGCAUACUACACUGUGAUGACAGCAGAGGAGCUCCUUGACUCAGAAGCAGUUGCUGUGACCUUUGCAGAGAAGCUGAUGGGGAACUUCUCGAUAGCAGUGCCUUUUUUUGUGGCCUUGUCCUGCUAUGGGUCCAUGAAUGGUGGCCACUUUGCCUUAUCCAGAAUGUUUUAUGUAGCAUCUCGUGAAGGACAACUCCCUGAGGUUUUGUCUAUGAUCCAUGUCCGCAGGCACACUCCACUGGCUGCUGUACUUAUACUGUACCCUAUGACCAUAGCCCAGGUGUUUGUGGGAGACAUCUACAGCCUGUUGAACUUUAGGAGCUUCCUGCGGUGGCUGUUCAUUGGGGUGGUGGUGUUGGGCUUAAUCUACAUGCGAUAUACAAAACCUGACCUCCCCCGUCCCUUUAAGGUCCCUCUCUUCAUCCCUGUGGUCUUCUGCCUCACAUGUUUCUUCAUGGUCUUUCUGUCUCUGUACUCGGAUCCAGUCAACGCCGGAAUUGGAUUUGCCAUUUCUCUCACUGGCAUCCCUGCCUACUAUAUCUUCAUUUACUUCAACCACAGACCAAAGUGGCUUCAAAAGACUUUAGAUUCUUUCAACAGAACUUUGCAGAUCAUCCUAGUUGUCGUUCCCGCUGAGUAGUGACUGUUCAGAUCAUCAGCUCCUUGACUCCCUCUAAUGUAUAAACCUGUAUUGCAUAUAAUGAGAUGAUCUCUACCUCUAUCACAGAGGAAAACUGGUAUUGUACCCUCUAUAACUCAUUUAAUACAAAGAUAAAGUCUUGGAUGUAUCUGAAGAAUGGGAGUGAGUAAACAUAAUGUCUUUUAAUAAAGAACAACUUCAUGUUCAAAUCUCCAUGGCAUUAUGUUUGUAACUGUUGUGAUUGUUUAGGCAAUAGUAUUUGAUCACCAAUUUCUUCUCAACAACUAGGCAUCUGAACAAGUCCCUGCACAUUGUACAAAUAUUGGGUGGACACAUGGGAUUUUAUUAGAACAUGAGUUUGUAUAGAAAGGUCUAAGUAAAGUCUAACUAACCACUGACUAACACAGAGUUUGUUAUUUACAUAGAUUAGUUCAUUGAGUGGUGUAGCUGGUUAGUUUACUCCUUAGCAAAAAUACUAAUCAUGAACAUUUCCUUGCUUUAAAAAAAAUCAGUUUGAACAUUCUCCAAACACAACUCCAACAAUUAUUAAAAUAUCGUACGUGAAUUUCAUUCAAAACUGAACACAUUUUGUAAAUCUGUACACCCCAGAAGGCUUGUGGAGGGACAACAAUAUGAUGCAACAGAUGGCUUCUUCUGGGUGAUUAACGCUGAUUAAUCAUACCAUGCUUAAAAUUCAGUAAUGAAUUAAAAACUAGUAUAUUUUCAUAUUUUAUCAGUGAUGAGAUGAUUCCAACAAAAAUCUUCCAUUCUUGAGUUACCUUCAAACAAACCCCACACUCCUGCCGAAUGAAAUAUACUGUACCUGUAUUUGUAUGUUUAUUUGCAUCGUGUUUUUAUUGAAUUCAGUCAUUCCAGGAUCGUACCUUAAUGUUUACCAUACUGAGAUGCAGUUCUGUCGGCAGACACAUGGGGGUGCUAAAGUGCUUUAUAACUCUGAUUACAUUUUCUUUUAAAAAGCACCAGUACCAAACACUAAGAUGCAGAACAAAAAUAAAUGCAUGAGGUAGAAGAAUUGGGAAAAAUGUUCAUAUUCAAUGUUAAUCAUUUUUUCAGAUUAGCUAUAUCAAUGAAAUAAAAAUGUUUUCCUACCA